AAACCCGAAUGUAAGCUUUGCAUAUGUCCAUCUUUCUCCAAACGAAUUACGUUUCUCUCUAGCAACAUGGCAGACAUUUCUAAAGAAGAUCUCCGCAAAGAAAUUACCGCUAUUCUUAAGGACGCCGAUUUGGAUUCUACGUCUACAAAAAAAGUACGACAGCAGUUAGAGACAAAGUUGGGUGCAAACCUUUUAAGCCGUAAGAAGGAAAUUGACACUUUAGUUAUGGAGUACGUAAACUCUAAAGAAAAGAAAAAUGAUUCUGAAGAUGGUGAAGGAUCAGAGGAAGAAGAAGAUGAAGUCUCUGAAGAUGAAAAGAAAGGUAAUAAGAGAGCAUCUUCUGGUAAGAAGCCACCUGCAAAAAAGGCUAAGAGUUCAGAAGAAUCCGAUGCAAGUGAACCAUCUGAGGGUGAAUCUGAAGAAGAAUAUUCACCGAAGAAAUCAAAGCCUCCAAAGACCCGCAAACUCCCCCCAAAAAAGAAGAAGGGAUCAGAAUCUGAUUCUGAUGAAGAUUGGGAAAAGGCAAAGAAAGCUCCAGCAAAGAAAACUGGAGGAGGUGGUGGCAAAGGUGGUGGCAAGGGCUACACAAAAACAAUGACCUUGUCUCCAGAACUGGCGCAAUUGGUUGGUUCUAGCAGUAUGGCUCGUCAUGAGGUGGUCAAGAAAGUAUGGUCCAUAAUUAAAGAGCGUGAUCUUUAUGAUCCCAAGAACAAGCAGUUUGCCAUUUGCGAUGACGACCUCUUCAAAGUAAUCGGGGUAAAACGUUUUCGUACAUUUGGUAUGAUGAAGUAUUUAAAGAAUCACUUUGUAAGUUAAACAAGA